AUGUCUUCCAUUAACAAGUCUUUCUUUGUUAUAGUUUCUAUGCUUUCUCUUUUGGCCUUUUCAAGCAAUGCACAACUUUCUCCCUCCUUUUAUGCCAGAACUUGCCCCAAACUUCAAAGCAUAGUGCGCACUACAAUGAGACAAGCCGUUGCCACAGAACCUAGGAUGGCUGCCUCUAUUCUUCGCUUGUUCUUUCAUUCUUGUUUGCAGGGCUGUGAUGCAUCAAUUUUAUUGGACGACAAUGCAACAUUCACAGGAGAGAAAAAUGCAUUACCUAACAUAAAUUCAUUGAGGGGCUUCGAAGUUAUUGAUGACAUUAAAACCAACGUUGAAGCUGCUUGCGAUGCCACUGUGUCUUGUGCUGAUAUUCUUGCCCUUGCCACAAGAGAUGGAGUAGUGCGGCUAGGAGGACCCUCAUGGAUAGUGCCUCUAGGAAGAAGAGAUGCAAGAACAGCAAGUCAAAGUGCAGCCAACAGCCAAAUCCCUUCACCUUUCUCAAACCUCUCCACCCUGAUAACCGCGUUCGGAUCUAAAGGUCUCACAGCAAGGGACCUAAUAGCGCUCUCAGGAGCCCACACAAUUGGCCAAGCACAAUGCCAAUCCUUCAGAAAUCGUAUAUACAACUCAACCAACAUUGAUCCAAACUUUGCCACCACAAGAAGGGCCAAUUGUCCUAUUUCUGGAGGGAACUCCAAUCUGGCCCCUCUUGACCUUGUCACACCAACCGAUUUUGACAACGAGUACUACACUAACCUUUUGAACCAACGUGGCCUUCUCCACUCUGACCAAGAGCUUUUCAAUGGUGGCUCUCAAGAUGCCCUUGUGAGGACCUAUGCUGCCAAUACUAUUACCUUUUUAAAGGACUUUGCUGCUGCCAUGGUGAAGAUGGGCAACAUUAGUCCUCUCACUGGGACCAAUGGGGAGAUAAGAAGGAACUGCAGGGUGGUGAAUUGAUCAUAAUAUAGCAGUAAUAAUAGUAAUAAUGAUCAUCAUCUUCAUUAUGAACAUGCU